CCAAGGAACCGUGGGCCGCAGCCAUGGUGUCCGCCCACGAGGUCAGCUCCGCCCGAGGUCCGCCGUGCACCGUCCCCUCGGACAUCCAGGUUGACCCGAGCGAGGUGACUGCCCAAGACAACACCAGUGAGACGAUCUACAUCGCCGACGACUACGAGUGGCUGCAGCAGACGAGGCGCCCCUGCAUCGUCAGCGUCUUCAACGCGGAGGAAGGCGUGCCGCGAGAGACUGAACGCCACUGCGACUGGUUCACGGGAUUUCUCUCCACGGCUCGACCAGGGGACUGCGUGCUCCUGGACCAAGGCCCGCUGUGCUGCCGCGUGCGGCCGAUUCUCAAGCCAUCGUCAGCCCAUCUCGACCCGGCACGCGCCUUCCGCUCGGACUGGCCCUUCCUAAGCAUCGUGGCGUUGAUCGCGAUGGCAAUGGUCAUCUUCCUGCUGGUGGUCUACCUGAAGGAGGACAACGGAGUCGGCGAGCUCGUCCCCAAACUGGCCAUGAGGAUGCUCGAGCGUGAAGGCCUCCUCUAUUCGCGAGACUAAUGCUACUAAUCGUGCAAUCGUAAGCUCGGUCCGACGCGGUCUCGCAAAACGGUCGCCGCGCACCACCCGACCUUGCAAUGGGUCAUGUCAUUUAAAUGUCCUGCUUCAAAAACUGAGUCCUGUCAUGUCUCUUGGAAACGUCCUACAAGUGGCGCGCCAGCCGGUUGAAGACGUCUUCCUGAAAAUAUUUUAAUUCUGGGUGCUCUUAUCGUAAGUUAUUCAUGGCGAAAAGUAUCAUCUACAACUGGAUGCACGCAAAACAUGCACUGUACU